AUGUCAUCUACCAUUGAGCUUGAGCAUCGAGCAUAUUGGGCGAUCAAGAAGUUCGAAUCUCGACAUGGUUCAAGCCGGAGAAAAGAGAUCUUGCUGCACGAGUUGGAAGAAUUUCGCUAUCAUGCUUAUGAAAACGCGAAAAUGUAUAAGGAGCGAACCAAGAGAAUUCAUGACAGGCGCAUCCAAUCUCGUGACUUUGAGCCUCGGCAGUUAGUCUUGCUGUAUAACUCUAGGUUGAAGAUUUUUGGUGGAAAGUUGAAGAGUAAGUGGUCUGGGCCAUUUGAGGUAGUCCGUGUGACUGCACAUGGAGCAGUUGAGCUGAAGAAACCCAACUCGGAUGAGACAUUCUUGGUGAACGGGCAACGAGUGAAGCAUUACUACAGGGAGGCCACUAACUGUGAAAGGUCCUCCAUCGAUCUAGAAGAGGCUUGA